CUUCUGCUUAGAGAGGCUUCUUGUAGGACGGGGCGACAUUGAUAGCAGUGACUGAGUUAAUGGGCUGAUGUUUGAGAAUCACAAAGACGCUGUUGAUAGAGACUGCAGACACGUCGUUGACCAAACGCCGCCUCCUUACAGAUGACCCCGGGCUCAGCACCGUACACGAUCACAGUAGAUUCUUGAUAUCAGAAUAAUUAAGAAAUGGAGUCUGAGGAUUUAAGUAGCAGAGAAUUGACAAUUGAUUCCAUAAUGAACAAAGUAAGAGAUAUUAAAAAUAAGUUUAAAAAUGAAGACCUUACUGAUGAGCUAAGCUUGAAUAAAGUCUCUGCUGAUACUACAGAUAACUCGGGAACUGUUAACCAAAUUAUGUUGAUGGCGAAUAACCCGGAGGACUGGUUAAAUUUAUUACUCAAACUGGAGAAAAACAGUGUCCCCCUAAGUGAUGCUCUUUUAAAUAAAUUGAUUGGUCGUUACAGUCAAGCAAUUGAAGCACUUCCUCCAGAUAAAUAUGGCCAGAAUGAGAGUUUUGCUCGAAUUCAAGUGAGAUUUGCUGAAUUAAAAGCUAUUCAAGAGCCAGAUGAUGCCCGUGACUACUUCCAAAUGGCCAGAGCAAACUGCAAGAAAUUUGCUUUUGUGCAUAUAUCUUUUGCACAGUUUGAACUGUCACAAGGUAAUUUCAAAAAAAGUAAACAGCUUCUUCAAAAAGCCAUAGAACGUGGAGCUGUACCAUUAGAAAUGCUGGAAAUUGCUCUACGGAAUUUAAACCUCCAAAAAAAGCAGCUGCUUUCAGAGGAAGAAAAGAAGAAUUUGUCAGCAUCUACAAUAUUAACUCCCCAAGAAUCAUUCUGCAGUUCAUCUGGGCACUUGCAGAAUAGGAACAUCAGUUGUGAUUCCAGAGGACAGGCUACUAAAGCCAGAUUUUUAUAUGGGGAGAACAUGCCCCCACAAGAUGCAGAAAUAGGCCUUCGGAAUCCCUUGAAACAAGCUAACAGAACUAAAUGGUCAUGUCCAUUUGGAAGAGUCCCAAUUAACCUGCUAAAUAGUCCUGAUUAUGACGUGAAGACAGAUGGUUCAGUUGUGCCAAGUUUUAUAAGAAGACAGACCUUGGGAUCCGAAUGCCAAGACGUGGCUGUGUCUGGAUCUAAAUCAAGUGGAAAUGAUUCCUGUGAAUUGAGAAAUUUAAAGUCUAUUCAAAAUAUUCAUUGUAAGGAACCUCUGGUGUCAGAUGAGAAGAGUUCUGAACUUCUUGGCGAUUCUAUAACCCUGAAGAAUAAAACUGAAUCAAGUUUUCUAACUAAAUUAGAAGAAACUAAAGAGCACCAAGAACCUCAAGUUCCAGAAGGUGACCAGAAACAGUGGCAGUCUAAGAGAAUGUCGGAAUGCUCGCACCUGAACCUUGCUGUACCUUCAAAUCAAUGGCAGAUGCCGGAGACAGCCCGAAAGGUUCAUACAGAGAAACAUACCACUUUUGAGCAACCUGUUCAUUCGGUUUCAAAGCAGUCACCACCAAUAUCAGCACCUAAAUGGUUUGAUCCAAAAUCUAUUUGUAAGACACCACGCAGCAAUAAUUUGGAUGAUUACAUGAGCUGUUUUAGAACUCCAGUUGUGAAGGAUGACUUUCCACCUGCUCAUCAGCUGUCAACACCUUAUAGCCAAUUUGCCUAUUUCCAGCAGCCACAGCAGCAGAUACCUGCGACCCCACUUCAGCAUUUACAGAUUUCAGCAUCCUCGUCAGCAAAUGAAUGCAUUUCAGUUAAAGGAAGAAUGUAUUCCAUCUUAAAGCAGAUAGGAAGUGGAGGCUCAAGCAAAGUAUUUCAGGUGCUGAAUGAAAAGAAGCAGAUACAUGCUAUAAAGUACGUGAACCUGGAGGAGGCGGAUGCGCAGACUAUGGAGAGCUACCGCAACGAAAUCGCCUACCUGAACAAGCUCCAGCAGCACAGUGAUAAGAUCAUCCGACUCUAUGAUCAUGAAAUCACAGGCCAGUACAUCUACAUGGUAAUGGAGUGUGGAAACAUUGAUCUGAAUAGUUGGCUUAAAAAGAAAAAAUCUGUCGAUCCGUGGGAACGCAAGAGUUACUGGAAAAAUAUGUUGGAAGCUGUUCACACAAUCCACCAACAUGGCAUUGUUCACAGUGAUCUGAAACCUGCCAACUUUCUCAUAGUUGAUGGGAUGCUAAAGCUAAUUGAUUUUGGGAUCGCAAACCAAAUGCAACCAGAUACAACAAGUAUUGUCAAAGAUUCUCAGGUUGGCACAGUUAAUUAUAUGCCCCCAGAAGCAAUCAAGGAUAUGUCUUCAUCAAGAGAGAAUGGGAAGUCCAAGUCAAAGAUAAGCCCCAAAAGUGAUGUUUGGUCGUUAGGUUGCAUUUUAUACUACAUGACUUAUGGCAAAACGCCGUUUCAGCAUAUAAUUAAUCAGAUUUCUAAAUUGCAUGCCAUAAUUGACCCUGAUCAUGAAAUUGAAUUUCCUGAUAUUCCAGAGAAAGAUCUUCAAGAUGUGUUAAAGUGUUGUCUAAUAAGGGACCCAAAACAGAGGAUAUCCAUUCCCGAGCUGCUGGUGCAUCCGUAUGUUCAAAUUCAAACUCAGCCAGGUAGGCAAAUGGCUAAAGGCACCACUGAAGAAAUGAAACAUGUUCUGGGCCAACUUGUUGGUCUGAAUUCUCCUAACUCUAUUUUGAAAGCUGCUAAAACUUUAUAUGAGCACUAUAGCGGUGGCGAAAGUCAUGAUUCUUCAUCAUCCAAGACUUUUGAAAGAAAAUGGGAAAAAAAAUAAUUUGCAGCUUCCCAUGGAGUGUCAGGUGAUACCUGUAGAAAAUGUUGGACUGUUACACUCUCAAUUUCCUGUGGAAAUCUGUAGAAGACAACUUUACUGCGAAGUAUUAUAAGCAAAAAUAUUCAGUAGAUUAUCCUGAAAAGAAAACUUUUCACAAUAACAGCCACUAAUGACACUGUAUGUAUUAAAUUAUAGAAUUGUUUUUUCUGUUUUAUGCUUUCCUGUAAAUGUCAUCUAUUUGAUAUCGCUUCACACUUGCAAUAACAGGUAGAUGACUGAUACAUAAUCUGGAGAACUCUGUAAAUAAAGCUUCAUAGCAUAA